UUGGUCGUCUUUUCUGUGCAGCUGCGAUGACCGAUGUCGUCACCUAUCUAUUUCCCUGGAAGCCCGGAUCAAGAAAUUUCAGAUACGCAACGACAUGGCAAGUCGUUUUGUCUGUUUCUAGGUCACGAGCGUUUAAUCAGAGUCCGGGCCGUCCACGUGAAUUUUCCCAACUGAAAUACAAGAGAUUUCUUCGAAAAAUUCUGUUUGUAGACUACAGGAUAAAAUUAGACAGGAUGGGAUUAGAAGAGAGGGUACAACUUUUGAAAUGUGGGAGACCGUUAAAUAUGAGGGAGGUGAUGCAUUAUGCAUUAGAAUGGGUAGCCCAAGGAAAGUAUAAUGAAGAGAAGCACGAAAAUUUCAAAAGCGUAUGA